CUGGAAGCAAUGGCUGGUGCUGCAAAGUUCAGUUUUUCCGUGAGGAGCAUCCUGGAUUUGCCUGAAAAUGACGCAGAGACAGUGCAGCCCUCCCCCGGUAACUCCUGCUCCAGCUCCCCUUACUCCUCCUGGAUGGACAGCGACCGUACCCCUUGUCUCUCUUCAGACGAGAGCAGCCUGGAGACUGCCCCACACUCUACCAAGUCAGAUGAGUCUUCUCUGGACUCAGAGGCCGAGAAGAAGAAGAAGUGCCGCGUGCUCUUCUCCAAGGCCCAGACCUUUGAGCUCGAGAGGCGUUUCCGUCAGCAGCGCUAUCUGUCAGCACCAGAGCGCGAGCAGAUUGCCCAUCUCCUCCGCUUGACGCCGACGCAGAUUAAGAUCUGGUUCCAGAACCACCGGUACAAAAUGAAGAGGUCACGAGCAGAAGGAGAGUCACAAGACAUAAACCAACCGCCUAUGUUGCGCAGAGUAGUGGUACCCAUCCUAGUUCGGGAUGGCAAGCCGUAUCAGACCUGUUUCAUUGACACGGAGAAAGGAGGCUGUCUUGGACCGAACACAUGCCCGGGUACACCCUUCAGUUUUGGGUACCAGUCUUUCCAGCAUCCGUCGCCGUUCGCUCUACCUCAACAAUACCAGCACUUUGCCAGCCCGGCAGCAUCCAGACACACCUUCGCUUGGAGAGACUUUCUGAAUGACUCAGCUCAAUUCAGUGCUUUUAAAUGACUAUAAAAUAUUAAGUAGGAGACUAUGCGUAGAGAAACACUUACAACCACUUGUUUUCUGAAUUCCCUUAUUUUUCGAGGUACUUAAAAGUGUACUAAUAACUACAGUAAUAUUUUUUUAUGAGAAGUAUUUUGCACAUAUUUUAUUUUUGGUAUUUUAUUUAAUGAAUUGAGUGAUAUUCUCGAAAGAUUAAAGUCGUUAUUAGUUUCUUGUAAUCUGAUGAUAGGCCUAUGGACAUUCUACUCCUACAUUCGACCCCCCAAUUCGAUCAUGUGCUGUGUGUAAGCCUGA